CGAGCAAGUCAUCCAUCAUGAAAUACAAAACUGCCGUGAUUUACAAAAGCACAGUUUCUUAUACGAUGUAGAAGACCUUGGAUUUUAUGGAGUCUCGGAAUAACUAUGAGAAUCUGGAGGUUGCAUUUGGGAUCGUUUGUUUUGAAGCUUUUUACAGGAACGAUUGUAUUGAGCAUUUUUUCUUGUUGGAUCCUUUGGUAUCAAGUCUCGGUGAGCAAUAAUCCUCUGACUCGACGCUCCGUUGUGAGUUUUACUACGAAAAAAUGCAGCAAUCCACCUCGAUUCGACUCUUCGUCUUCAAAAGACGAAGACAACUUCGACAGCAUUAUCAAAAACUACACAAAUGUACGCCCUCAGAGGCAAGUCUUAGUAAUAUUUAAACAAACUUCUGUAGUGUUUCGAAUGAAUAUCGUUACAAUAUUAGAAUCAAACAGAAUCCCUUAUCAACUGGUUUCUUUUAACGAUAAAACUAUUUUACCAGUAUUAGAAGAAAAUAACGUUGGGAAGUUUGCUAUUAUUGUUUUUGAGAGCUUGAAAUUUUAUACAGGAUUAACGAUUCGAACUCGAAGGACGCUCGAUCAAUAUUCGCGUGAAUUCUCUGCAGGACUAGUAAUAUUCACGGUACAAGAAAACUAUGGUUAUUUAAAUUAUUACUCUAAAAGACUAAAAUUACGGCUUCGAACAGAGAUAAAAGAUUUAAAAAGUGCAGAGUUGAAUCCACGAUCACCAUUACUUAGGCUAACAAGAGCUGGAGGGGUUGUCGAAGGUGAUUUACCAACACAAUGGACUGUCUUUUCAUCGAACCAUAGUACACAUGAAUACGUCGAAGUCGCGACGCAAGAAACUUCUCUUUUUGAUAACAACAUUAACGAUCUUGAUUCUGAUUCUGCAUCCUCCAAGUCCUAUGCUUCUAAAAGAUUUAUCACCGUAAUGCUGGAUAAAGGAAAGCUUGAUGGAGUGAAAAGAGUAUAUUUUGGUUAUGGAGUGAGCUUCUGGCUUCAUCGACUUUUAUUCAUCGACGCUCUGCAUUUUUUAUCCAAUGGAAUUAUUUGUAAACCUCUACAAAGGUGGUUCUUGGUGGACAUUGACGAUAUAUUUGUCGGUAAAGUUGGUAUUAGGAUGAAUAAAGAUGAUGUUCAGGCACUUAUUUCUUUACAAAAACGAAUCAACUCAAGAGUCCCUGGCUUUAAGUUCAAUUUAGGAUUUUCUGGCUACCAUUUUCUGCGUGGUAACGAAGAGGAAGAUGAAGGAGACAAUGAACUUAUUAAAAAUGCAGACAAGUUUUGGUGGUUUAGCCAUAUGUGGAUGCACAGGAAAGCRCAUGAAAUCAAGACGCCGCAAGAACUGAAGGAUGAAUUGAUGUUGAACCUUGAUUUUGCAAAGAAACAUAAUAUUCCAGUCAACACAAGUUAUGCCGUAGCACCCCAUCACUCCGGGGUUUAUCCUACGCACGAUCUGUUGUAUGACAGUUGGAAGGUACACUAUAACCUGAAGGCCACCUCCACAGAGGAGUAUCCUCAUYUGAUACCUGCACACAAGAGGAGAGGAUUUAUUUACAGUGAAAUUAAGGUACUUCCAAGGCAGACCUGCGGCUUGUACACAAAGACCAUCUUACUAAAAAACUACCCCAGGGGUGCUAAGAGACUGGAAAACAGCAUCUAUGGAGGAAACCUUUUCCAAUUAUUCGUAGAUAAUCCUAUAAAUAUUUUUAUGACUCACAUGUCUAAUUACGGCAAUGACAGACUAGCAUUACACACCUUUGAUAAUGUCGUCAAGUAUCUGCAGUGCUGGACAAACCUGAAGCUGAGAACAGAACACCCACUUGUGCUUGCCGACAUGUACUUCAAGCUGUUCCCUGACGAAAAGAAACCGUAUUUGGGUUUUUUCAAAGAUGUUGGUAACACAAGCAAAAGCCUCUUGUUUGAAAAGAGCGCAAACUAYUUCGACGCUCCUCUUGCACCACUCCGAGCUGCAACUCUUUUGCCGAAAGCCAAGAUAAUCACCAUAAUGAUUGAUCCUGUAAAACGUGCYUAUUCCUGGUACCAGCAUAUCAAAAGUCAUGGCAUGGCUGCUGCCAUCAAGCACAGCUUUUACGAUGUCAUUACCAAGAGUAAUGCAUCUCUGAAUAGAGAGUUUCGCGUACUUGGUCAUCGUUGUUUGAUUCCAGGCCUUUAUGCUCAGCACUUGGAAAGAUGGCUCAUGCAUUACCCUCCAUCACAGUCUUAGAAAAAUAUUAUAGAAAACCAAAUGAASAACUCGCCUCUCUCCUACUACGGAUAGGAAAGCCUCUACCUAGUUGGCUUAGUGAGAAGGUAAAAAAGAAAUAAAAUAUUUUUACUAGAAAUUAUGUUGAAAUUACAUUCAAUAAAAUACUACGAGGAUAUAGAAGUAUUGACGAUUCAUUAGGUCAAAUUAAUUAUUUGAUAUUAUAAAACUAUUUUUUUAAAUACAUAAUUUAUACAAUAUGAUCACAUAGUUACAAUAAAUUGUAAGUUGCUUGCAGUAAAUAAAACAAAUUGUAUUUAA